AUGUCCCAAGAACAAUAUACAGAAAACCUGAAGGUUAUUGUGGCCGAAAAACUGGCUGGCAUACCAAACUUUAACGAAGAUAUCAAGUACGUUGCGGAGUACAUUGUCUUGUUAAUUGUCAAUGGUGGUACUAUUGAAUCUGUUGUCAAUGAAUUAGCUACUCUGUUCGACAGUGUUUCGAGGGAUACGCUAGCAAACGUUGUUCAAACAGCCUUUUUUGCUCUAGAAGCUCUACAACAAGGAGAAAGUGCUGAAAAUAUUGUAUCCAAGAUCAGAAUGAUGAAUGCCCAGAGUUUGGGGCAAUCGGACAUUGCGAAACAGCACCAAGAGGAGCAACAGCAACAGCAACAGCAACAGCAACAGCAAGAAGCCCAAGCCCAAGCUCAAGCCCAAGCCCAAGCCCAAGCUCAAGCUCAAGUUCAACAACCACUAACUCAACCUCUGGCACCGAACACAAUGCAGGUAGAUCCUCAUACAGCUUCUGCCCCUAUAUCGGCUUUCUCUGGUGUCGUAAACGCCGCUGCCCCCCCUCAAUUUGCACCUAUUGACAACAGCCAGAGGUUCACUCAACGUGGCGGAGGCGCUAUUGGAAAGAACCGUAGAGGUGGUCGUGGUGGGAACCGUGGAGGACGCAAUGGUAACUCUACCCGGUUCAACCCACUAGCCAAAGCACUAGGUAUGGCUGGUGAAAGUAAUACGAGCUUUGUUCCAACCAAGAAAGAAGGGCGUUGUAGGUUGUUCCCUCACUGUCCUCUAGGUAGAUCAUGUCCACAUGCCCACCCAACUAAAGUGUGUAAUGAAUAUCCGAACUGUCCAAAGCCUCCAGGGACUUGUGAAUUUUUACAUCCAAAUGAAGAUGAAGAAUUGAUGAAGGAAAUGGAAAGAACUCGUGAAGAAUUCCAGAAAAGAAAAGCCGAUUUAUUGGCUGCAAGAAGGAAGCCGGUUCAAACCGGUAUUGUUUUGUGUAAAUUUGGUGCUCUAUGUUCUAACCCAUCAUGUCCAUUUGGUCAUCCUACGCCAGCUAAUGAAGAUGCAAAAGUCAUUGAUUUAAUGUGGUGUGAUAGAAACUUAACCUGUGAUAAUCCUGAAUGUAGAAAGGCACACUCUUCUUUAUCUAAGAUCAAGGAAGUAAAGCCGAUAAGUCAAAAGAAAGCAGUUCCUCCUCCGGUCGAAAAAUCUCUGGAACAAUGUAAGUUUGGUACACAUUGUACUAACAAACGUUGUAAAUAUAGGCAUGCUCGUUCUCACAUUAUGUGUCGUGAAGGAGCAAACUGUACUAGAAUCGAUUGUUUGUUUGGUCAUCCAAUCAAUGAAGAUUGCAGAUUUGGUGUAGAUUGUAAAAACCUCUAUUGUCUAUUUAGACAUCCUCCAGGAAGAGUGCUUCCGGAAAAGAAAACUGCUGAGCCAAAUUCUAACGGUCCUACCAACGAAAGACCAUUUGCGCUGCCAGAAAAUGCAAACAUUGAAAAUGCCCCUUCACAAGUCAGUUUUCCCCAUCAGGAGCAAGAUACGGAAAUGAAUUGA